GACAUUCGACAUUAGCAUAAAAAUUAAAAAGUAAAGACUGCAGUAUUAAAUUAUAUAUUUGUUUAUUAUUAAUAGUUUUAUUUUUUCAACGCUUGAAAGAAAGUUAUUGAAGUAUUUUGUUUAGCUCAUAUUUUCUUAAAAUGUCGGAGAAGGAUAAAGCGAAAGGGAAUACCCAAACAAAACACAUUCCAAAAGAUGCCCAUGUAAUAAUGUCUAUUAUGAAAGAAGUGGGCAUCACGGACUAUGAACCCCGUGUUGUAAACCAGUUGCUAGAAUUUACCUAUAGAUACGUUACAUCUGUGUUAGAUGACGCUCGUGUAUUCGCGAAUCACGCGAAGAAGAAAACAAUAGACCUUGAUGAUGUCAGGUUAGCGGUGCAGAUGCAGUUAGAUAAAUCAUUUACAAGCCCUCCACCAAGGGAAGUCCUACUAGAAUUGGCUAGAGUAAAAAAUGUGAAUCCACUUCCUUUGAUUAAACCACACUGUGGGCUAAGAUUACCACCUGAUCGUUACUGUCUCUCCGCAUGUAACUAUCGCUUGAAAUCUGUUCAAUCAAAGAAAGCGGCAUCAAAACCAGUUGUCUCUGCUCCAAUCAAAACAAUCACAUCAUCAAAGUCAAGCAGUCAAAAUGUUGUUAUGAAGAGAUCUCAAGGACCUAUUAAUGUUAGUUCUAAAGGAAAUGUGGCCCCUAAGCCUGUUCUUAAAUUCACUUCUGGAAGUAAGGUUGUUGCAAAACCGGCAGUGCGGGUGACAUCAGGCCCUCCACAACAAAAUCCAGUUAAAAUGGAGAUAGAUGAAGUCUCCCACAAAAGGAAAAGGGAUGAUGAUGACUAUGACAUGUAACAUUUAAUUUUUAAGGUGAAUUCAUAAGUUCUAUUUGUAAUUUUUAGUAAAUAAAUAAGUUCAUUAAUGUAAAAUGAUAAGUUUUUGUAUCUGACUGCUAUG